AUGAGAACUUCUCAAUAUGGCAUCUUUCUUGCCCUCUGCGGUCUCUGCGUGAUUCAUAUGGCAGCUGCACUGUCUCUAAGGCAACCGGAGCAGUCUGGAUCAAUUCAUAAGCGCUUUGACUCUACCUGUCGCUCUGUUCUCAGUGAAGCCGGUGAUACCUGCGACACGCUAGCUGCCAGAUGUGGUAUCUCGUCAAGUGCUUUCAUUUCCUUCAACCCAGACGCUCCUUGCGCCAAUAUACCCAUCAGAAAACCCAUGUGCUGUGCGACUGGAGACCCCCUCACGCCACCGGUCAGGGAUUCCGGUACGUGCUACACAUACACCAUUCGCGAUGACAAUAACUGCACAGAGAUUGCCAAGGGAUACGAUGUCACUGUGGCCAAUAUCGAGUAUUGGAACACCAAUACUACUGGCUGGUACGGGUGUAAUAAGCUACAGAUUGGCGGGCAGAUGUGCCUCAGCCCCGGCGAGCCUCCCAUGCCAGUUGCCAUUGAGAAUGCAGUCUGUGGCCCACAGGUGCCUGGGACAGCACGUCCGUUGUUUUGGACUGACAUUGCCUCUCUGAAUCCGUGCCCUGCAGGCCAGUGUUGUUCUACAUGGGGUAAAUGUGGCACCGGUGCCGACUUCUGUGGCUCCUCGGGGGCAGAGUUGUCAACAUCCAUCAAGGCCUCUACAACAAGUAAGCCCUCGACAACGAGAAAGCCCUCGACAACAAGCAAGCCCUCGACAACAAGCAAGCCCUUGACAACAAGCAAGCCCUCGACAAGUGCAACAGAAAGCACGCUCCCGCCCAUAACAAUAACGUCUUACGAAGUGGUAACACCUAGUGCGAGCGAAGUUGCUUCAAAAACAAUGAAGUUAAAUAUAUGGCAGACGCUCUUACCAGUACUCCCCCUCGUCUGGGUCAAACCCAGUGCGAGGGACCUUGCUUCGAAAACAAGCAAGUCUAAAGCUUUCUGGCUGCCACUCUUAACAGAAAAACCCCCCAACUAUGUCGGGACCUCAUCCACAGCAAAGCCCUCUACAAUAAGCAGGGUGGUUUAUGAUGACCUUGGCCCUGCGACUUUCCUUCACCCCUCAGACGUAACACGAAUUGCUGCCCAGGUUGCGACUGUUGCCAGUCCUCAAGAGACCAUCGAGACGCGAGCGCAGGGGUGGUCAUUUGAGAUGUACACCGAGGCAAAUUGCAAAGGCAAUUAUGUGGUGAUGGAAGGCCACAACAAGAAGCUGAGUGAUAGCGACUGUAUGAAGUUUGGCAAGGGGAGUAAACUCGGCACUACAGUGAAUGAAACGGCAGUUUCGUGCCGAUGGUAUACCGAGGUGCAAAAUGGAAUGAAAUGGGCUUCUUGUACCAAAACUCCUAUGACCAAGCCCAAGUCCUGGCGUAUUCGAAACGGUCUUUGUGAAGUCUGUGCUGGUGGUGAUUGCGAUAACUACCACACCAUUUCGUCGACCUAUGGCUCACGGCAGAAAGAUGCUCCUUGUUGGGAGCGCACAGCUUCAGAUCCUGAUGUUUUCGGAUCGCUCAAGUGUUAUAUUGGGUAG